AUGACCCUCGAUAGCCACGGAAAACUUGCACUGGUGGAAGUGAUUGUCUACAUCCCCAUCGGCCUCUUUUGCAUUUACAAUAACAUUCGACAUGGCUUCAGAAGGGACGCUGGAUGGAUCUAUCUCACCAUAUUUACCAUCAUCAAGAUAGCGGGAUCCAUCAUGACAAUGGAGAUUGAAAAUGGCAAAGACCAGAAUCUAACAACGACGGCUGCCAUUUUGAACACGGUCGCACUCUCGCCUCUACUCAACGCUUCAUUGAGUUUCUUGAAUGUCGGAUUGAACAAGUCUCGAUCGUUCACACGUCACAUUGCAGCGGCAUUGAAACCGCUUCAUUUGCUCAUCAUCUUCGGCCUCAUCCUCAGCAUUUCUGGCGGUAUCAGUCGAACAAAAACAUCGCAAAACAGUCUGGAUGACGGCGCGCGGGAACUCCAGGCCGCAUCUGGCGUGUUUGCACUUACUUGGGUACUCAUGGCCUUCGCAUGCUUUAUAUAUGUGGCAAACAUUUAUCAUGUUCAACGUUCUGCGAAGAGACUGAUUGUAUCAGUAACUCUGGCGAUGCCCAUGUUACUCAUACGAGUGAUUUGCUCGGGGCUAAAUGCAAUCAAUCUCGAUACUAGCUCUUCCACCGGACAUACUGCAAAGUUUAACCCUGUCACUGGUGACUGGCGCAUAUACUUAGCGCUAGGCCUCGUCCCAGAAUUUGCUGUUGUUCUUCUUUACACAAUCUGUGGAAUCAUCAACUCUCUCAGCAAGGCUAAAGAUACUGCAUCUGAAUACGAAGGAAUUGAAUCCCCCUAA